GUUGUGAUAAACUUAUUAAAUAGUCGGCAAUGAACAAUGGAAGUUAUUUUGCUCUCAGAUCACAGCGGCGAAAAACUCGUCAGUUUAAAUGGAUAUCUAUACACGCAACAUUCGACAACCGGCCAAGCCAUCAUCUGGAGAUGUAAAGACCGUGUUGAGCGGAAUUGUCCUGCUCGCCUGCGCACUUCAGUACAGCUUACUAAUGCAGUGAGUGUUAACUCACACAAUCAUCCUCCCAGCACAAAUGAAACAUCAGCUAUAAUUCAGUUAACUGAGGAGUAUUCCAAUCUCAAACGUUUACAUGAACAAUCUGAAGCCUCCAAUCUUAGGAAUAAUUUCAAUGAAGGUCUUUCGAACAAUUACCAUGAAAGCGGCCUUGACCAAAACAACGAGCUUUUGUUUACAACCGAUGCCUUAGGAACAGAUUUUCCUUAUGAUGAAAAUGAGGGAGAGCCAGAUCCCGCUGACCCGCCUUUUCGGCCACCCAAUUUUUCGAGCAGCAGUCGACCCCGUGGUAGAGGUAAAAAACGGAAACAUGAACAUCAGAAAGUCACAGGAAGAACUUUUCAGAAUAAAAAUCAUAAUUCUCUUGAAAAUGAACUGAUUUUACAAGGCUCUAAAGAAGUGGUACAAUUCAGCUCCUUGUCCGGUAUUUUUGACAAUGAAGUGCGAAUCAAACGGAAGAAGAAACCUAACUCAAUAUAUGGACCUACGAGAAAAGAAAUGCCUCCUGAUCCUCGCUACGUAAGUGAAAUUUCAAUAGAAGGAAUGUGGGCAACAACAGAUCUGAACCCUCCUCAGAGGUUUUUGCUUUACGACAACCAUGAAGACAACUCAGACAAAAGAGUGAUACUUUUCAUAACCGACGAUCAUUUAAGUCUAUUAUGCAAUGCGUUCAAAGUUCAUCUUGAGUCGACACUCCCAGUUCCGCCAUUUAUUUUUGCUCAACUGUUGCUUAUACAAGCGUCGCUGCCAGACGCCAACGUUAUUGUGACUCUUGGCUACGCUUUCAUGGGAUCCAGAUCUGAGAUCUCGUAUGUUGAAAUAUUCCAAGCCUUGAAAAGCAAAGCAAGAGAUCUCGGGAUUUCCAUGAGUUCGUUUCAAAACGGGGUGAUCUAUAUGGACUAUGAAAAACCUGCAGUAAAUGCGCUCAUUAAAGUCUUCGGGACGUCUAUUAAAAUAGAAGGCAGGUUCUUUCAUUUGAGCAGAGUAGUUUGGAAGAAAAUUGUUGACCUGGAUUUAAUUCAAUGUUGUCAAAUUUCCGAAGAUUUCAAAUUAUUUUGCGCUCAAAUUGUUUGCUUAGCUCUUUUACCCCUUGCUGAUGUCAGAAAGGGAAUGUCUCAUUUAAAAGAAAUUGCUCCCCCAAAUGAUUUGAAGGUAGAUCUGCUUUUGGAUUGGUUUGAAUCUACGUUCGUAUCAGGAGCUGUUAAGGCUGCUCGUUUGCCAACCAAGGACAUCCAACCUCGUUCAAAUGGCAAAAUGAACUCGGGUGUUGGAACUACUCCAGAAACGAUAGAGUUGCACCAAACUCCAGCUCUUUUCCCGCCUGAAAAAUGGAACAUUAGUGAAGUUUUAAUAACAGCCAAUCCUCGAAUUGAGAACCAACUGGAAGGGCCAUACCAUUCUAUCAAACAUUUAAUCGGCCAUAAUAGGUCUGCAUUUUACAGAGGUAUUAAAUAUAUAAGAAAUGAACAUAAAUAUGUAUGUGAAAGGUUACGCGAGUACGAAAAACGAACGUUGAUUACGCGAGUUCCUCGUCUUCAUUUAGUCGACGCUCAACAGACAUUAUGUAGAUUGUUGAUAUCUUAUAGAGAAAGUGAAAUCGACCUUGCGACAUUCCUCCUUAGUUCGGCCAAAACAAUAAGGCUUGGAUCGAUGUGAAUUUGCAAUGAAUGAUUGUUCGUAAUUUGUCCAAUUGUUUCUUGAGUUUAUAUUUAGAAAUUUGUUUAACUUGAAAAUCGAUUCGAAUUGAUGAAAAUGAGCCAGAGAGAACAAUUAAGUUACUCAGGUUUUUUUACUCUGUUUACAUGUUGAAAGACAGAAAAUUUGUUUCAGAUGUCAAAA